CUCACUCACGACCUGCUCUCUCUCUCACUUGUUCUUGUGGAAAGGAGAAGAAAUUGCUUGGAAAACUAAUUUAUUGGCUUUGAUUCAUCUUUCCCCCAACAAUCUUUCUUGUUCCUUGAGAUCUGGUGAAAUCCCGAAGGUGAGAACGCCAUCUGUACCCUUCUCUAUUUCUGAACGAAAUCCUGAAUGUGUGCCGCGAUUUCUUGCUCCCUUCUCUAGUUCUUUCUUGUUGUGAUUGUAAUUAAUCCUGUCGCUCCUUCUGGCCUGAGACAUGACCAAAUACAUCAUCCAUUGACAAGCAACAUUUAUUUUUUGAUCCUCCACUUCCAACCCUAAAAAACAGCAUGCAAGAGAGGCUAAAUUGAAUCCAUUUGUUUGAUUUGGUGAGAAUUGUAUAGUUACCUCGUGCUCCUAUAUAUCCGCAACGUCAUUUGGUUUUGCUUCUUGAGAUUCUCAACGUCUUUCAGUCAACAGCAUCUUUUUGGCCAGCAGCACGUCAGGCUCCUCGCCGUAUUUUCUGUUGCAGCCCACGCUGGUCGUUGGGCAUCCUGAAAUCUCGACCUGCCUGUCAACCUUCAGCCAUGAUAUCUGUACAUAAAUGCACGUUAGUGCAGAGUGCGAGCAUCAUCGAGUUGCCUCGCAGAAACAGAGCUCCCAUGCUCGAGUUGUUGCCAGGCGUACUGCAGAGUAGUGAUCAUCGGCGAUAUGGCGUCGGCAGCAGGCGAUGGGACGAGGAGGAGGGAGACGGCGUGCGUCACCGGCGGCAGCGGGUACAUCGCGUCGGCGCUGGUGAAGAUGCUGCUGGAGAAGGGGUACGCCGUCAAGACCACCGUCAGGAACCCCGAUGACACGGAGAAGAACGCGCAUCUCAAGGCCUUGGCGGGGCUCGGCCCCUUGGAGGUCUUCCGCGCCGAUCUGAACGAAGAGGGCAGCUUUGACGGCGCCGUUGCCGGCUGCGACUACGCGUUCCUCGUCGCCGCUCCGGUGAACCUCGAAGCGGAGAACCCUGAGAAGGACGUGAUCGAGCCGGCCGUCCACGGAACACUCAACGUGAUGAGGUCGUGCGUGCGAGCGGGGACGGUGAAGCGCGUGGUCCUGACAUCGUCGGCGGCCGCGGUAUCCAGCCGGCCGCUGGAAGGCGAUGGCCAUGUCCUUGACGAGGAAUCCUGGUCCGACGUCGAGUUCCUCAGAUCGACAAAAACCGGUCCUUGGGCGUACCCUGUGUCGAAGGUGCUUCUGGAGAAGGCGGCGCGCGCGUUCGCGGAGGAGAACGGCAUCAGCCUCGUCACCGUGUGCCCCGUCGUCGUCGUCGGCGAGGCGCCGGCGGCGGAUGUCCUCACCAGCGUCGGCCACGUCCUCUCCCUGCUAUCCGGCGAUGAUGCGAGAGCCGGCAUCCUGGAACACAUUCAGAGGGCGUCGGGUUCGAUCCCGAUGGUCCACAUCGACGACCUCUGCCGCGCCGAGCUGUUCCUCGCCGAGGAGGAGGCCGCGUCGGGGCGCUACAUCGUCUCCAGCAUCAACACCACUGCCGUGGGUCUAGCCCGGUUCUUGGCCGCAAAGUACCCGCAGUACAAAGUCGAUACAGAUCGGUUCGGCGAUCUCCCCGAGAAGCCAAGAGUGUGCGUUUCAUCGGCGAAGCUCGUCAAGGAAGGGUUCGAGUACAAGUACAAGAACCUGGACGAGAUAUACGACAACGUCGUCGAGUACGGAAGGGCCUUGGGAAUCCUUCCGUACUAGCAUGGUGGAUCUUACUAGAAUCAAACGAUGCGCUUGCAAGCAAAAUAAGCAGUCUCCUAAAGUACACAAAUGAUGAAAUGUGGGUGUUUAGUUUAUACGGAAAAGGGAUUUACUGUAUAAGAUUGUAUGAA